UUUGUCCAAUAAUGCUAAAUGGCAGCACAAGUGAUUUCAAUUCAGUUACAGUCUAUACUUGCGCGAUCAUAAUACAUUUUGAUAAGCGUUGCACAUUAUUGUUGCGUGAUCUCUGUAUAAGAAGAACAUUUCAAAUAUACAAUGUUUCCCUUUAUAAAGGCUGUUUCAAAGAUAGAUCAAGGAUUUAAGAUUUAUGGUGCCAUCUAUCCACGGGCUUGGGGAGUUCAAAUAAACAAAAAUUAUGCAACAAAGUAUGAUCAAACUUCAAAAAACAUUGUAUUUGUAGACGGCGUACGUACGCCUUUCCUCCAAUCUGGAACGCAAUACAAAAAUCUCAUGUCAUACGAUCUUGCUAGGCAUUCUCUGUUGAGUUUGAAAAGAAAAAUAGGUUUUCCUAACGAAGCCGUAGAAUAUAUUUGUUACGGUACUGUAAUGCAGGAAAUAAAAACAUCAAAUAUCGGUCGUGAAGCAGCUUUAGGCGCAGGUUACAGUGAAUAUACACCGGCGCAUACAAUUACAAUGGCUUGUAUUAGCAGUAAUCAAGCCAUGACCACUGCUAUGGGUUUAAUUGCAUGCGGUACCUAUGAUGUCAUUGUGGCCGGAGGUGUUGAAUUCAUGUCAGAUAUACCUAUAAGGCUUAGUCGUCCUAUGAGAAGUUUAAUGCUGCAAGGCAAUAAAGCAAAGACUCUUGCACAAAAAUUAUCUCUUUUAGGGUCCAUUAGGCCGUCGCACUUUAUCCCGGAUUUGCCAGCCGUGGCAGAAUUUUCUAGCGGUGAAACAAUGGGACAUAGCGGAGACCGCUUGGCAGCAGCAUUCGCGAUAACGCGAAAGGAAGAGGACGAGUACGCGUUGAGAUCCCACACGUUAGCUGCGCAAGCACAGAAGCAAGGAAAUCUUUCGGAUUUGGUGCCCAUUAAAGUUUUAGGCGUAGAAGAAGUAAUAAAUAAAGAUAAUGGAAUACGUGUUUCAACGCCAGAACAAUUGGGAAAAUUGAAGCCAGCAUUUGUCAAACCGUAUGGGACUGUUACCGCAGCUAAUGCAUCGUUUUUAACCGAUGGCGCAUCAGCGGCCCUGAUAACGACAGAGGAAAAAGCUCGUUUAUUGGGUCUCAAGCCGAAAGCAUAUUUACGAAACUUUACUUAUGUAUCACAAGAUCCGGUUGAUCAAUUACUUUUAGGCCCCGCAUACGCCAUUCCCAAGGUAUUAGAAAAAUCUAAGUUAAGUAUAAAGGAUAUUGGCGUAUGGGAAGUACACGAAGCCUUUGCCGCCCAAAUAUUAGCUAAUCUGAAAGCUUUGGAUUCCGAUUGGUUCGCGCAACAUUAUUUAAAAAAAAGUGAAAAAGUAGGUGUUCCAGAACUCCAAAAGUGGAAUUCAUGGGGUGGAUCUCUUUCGAUUGGUCAUCCGUUUGCCGCUACAGGAAUCCGUUUAGCCACUCAUACUGCCAACAGGCUUAUCAAAGAAGAUCAACAGUUUGGGCUAAUUGCAGCAUGUGCAGCUGGCGGACAGGGAGUGGGUAUGAUCUUGGAGAGACAUCCAGAUGCUAAAGUUUGAUAAAAUCAAGACCGUCCAAGAUAUUUCUAAAUGAGAAAUUUGCCAAGAAGAAAAGUCGACGUUAACAUGAAUAUUGUACAGAAA